AUGCCACACCACAACCCCCCCACCCCAACCCUCCUCCACACCCUCCUAACCCACGGCCCCCUCACCACCCUCCUACACCUCAUCUCCGGCCACCGCACCCAACGUCCCGUCCCUACCUCCCACACCGCGCGCACCCGCCGGCGGUACGUCCGCAUCCGCCGCCGCGGCUCCGCUAUCCCCCACCACGACGGCGAGCGCGCGGGCGUGCACUACUACUACGCCAACCCUAUUCGCCGGGAGGAGGACACGGGAAGGAAGAGGAGGGGAAAGGGAGCGUAUGAGAGGGUUUACAUGCCUGUUUCGAGGUUUGGGAGGGGCAUUGUUGUUACGAGGGGUUGGGGCAGUAGUGGGUAUUGGGUUCAGCGGAGGGGAGAGCUGUCGAAGGAGAAGGAGCAUAAGAGGAGGCGAGAGGAGAGGGGUGGGGAGUGGGAGGUUGUGAGGAGGCGGCGGGGGAAGGGGAAGAGGGUUAGUGAGGAGCGGGAGGGGAGGUUGAGGGGGAUGUUAAGUCGGGUUUCGUUGGGUGGUGAUGGAGGGCGUGGAGGAGAGGUGAGGGGGAUGGGUGGUUCUUCUGCGUCGAAGGUAAAGGCGAAGAUGAGGGCGAAGUCCAGGUCAGUGUCGGUGGCAGUGUUGAAAAGGGGAAACGGCGGUGUGUCGAACGACGAACCGGAAGUGGAUUCACGCAGACAUCGAAGAGUCGAUUCACAUCAUCGCGACCAUGGGAGCGGUAUCGACAGUGUCCCCGUCGGACGAGAAGGAGUAUCAAGGACAAGAAGACCAUCGACCUCAUUCUUCAAGCAACCCUCGCUAUCACGGGACGAAAGCAUGAACUUCGUCUUCGGGGGCGCGGAAGUCGGUCAUAAGACCUCAUCGUCGUCAAGACCAGCGCAUCGCCAUCGUCCGAGUCGCUCUCCAGAACCUCGAAACGGCCGCAAUACUACUUCGCCUCAUCCGCGCUCAGGUUCCACCGUGAACAGACAAACACAACCAUCCCGUACUGGGGGGAAUCUUCCAUUGUUACUUCACGCACCGCGAAGUGAUACCAACAUCAACGACGGAGAUAGUAACAGUGCCAGUGAUAGCCACGACCACAGCAACACUGCCCCUCCCGACCGCACGAGAGAAAAUCCAAGAUUGACUGUCCGGCUGGUCAGGAAUGAGAGAGAUGAGACUGUCACGCUGCAGCGUAUUUGA